CCCGGCCCCGUGGCAGGACUUCCGCGGCCGGAGCCCAGCGAGGAGGCGCCGGGCCGGCCAUGGGCAGCGCCGCGGGACCCCCCGGGCGCCGUCGGGGCAGCGGCGCCCGCCGCCUCUGCUGGCCUCUGCUGGGGCUCCUGCUGAAAAGUAUGCUGUCCUCUGGAAGGGAAACACUGCUGACGACACCUGUCACUCCACAACCUGAAUAUGAUCUAUUUAAUGAAGAUUACAUUAAUUUGAAUGUUUUGAACAAAAGAGUCCUCAAUGACACUGAAGUUUCUGUUUACUAUUUAUGCUCAAAAUUGUGUGUUGUCACUAUAGAAGCAGUAGCUUCGUUGGAAUUCAGAACAGGUGUGUCAGUGUAUAAGAAGAGCUGGGAGGAUAACCACCUCCACAGCAGUAGGAAUCAAACGCUGACACUGCAAUUUCCAAGCAGUAUGGUUUUCAGAGAUGAUUAUUUCAUCAGACAUUCCUUAAUAGUACACACAGUGAUACUGUAUGCAUGGAUUACUCAUAAGCAAGUAAGGAUCCACCAUGCUAAGCAGGGGGAAGAAUACUUGCAGGCUAUUGCAAAAGACUACACGUUGUUGGAAAGCGUUCCACCGUUUGAACGUCCAUACAAAGAACACAAAAUGUGUUUGAAAUGGAAUUUGGAAUACACGUGGAAGCUCCAGUCAAACAAGAUUCCUCAGUGUCCGUAUGAGACAGAUGCUGUUGAGAUCCUCAGCUUUCCAUAUGCAUCCAGCGGAGAGAUGGCAGGCAUGGUGAAGAAAUUUCAGAAAUUCAAGAACAGAGAGCUGGAAACAAUCAGGAAACAUCAGAUUGGUUACCCAGUCUUUACUGUUUCACUCUGGCUUUAUUUACUCCAUUACUGCAAAAAAUCUUUGUGCGGACUUCUGUACCUCAUUGAUUCAGAAGAAAUGUAUGGGACCCCUGCUGUAUUUCUAACUGAAGAAGGUUAUGUCCACAUCCAGAUGCACCUUGUCAGAGGAGGGGACCUCGCUAUGAAAACCUCCUUCAGCCUUCCUCUGAGGGAGUGGCUGCGACUUGACAUCUCUGUCAUUGGAGGGCAGAUAGAAAUAACCAGCGUUGAGAAGAAUAUGAAUAGUCGUCGGCAUCAAACUUUUAUUUUUAGGGAGGAUUUCUUUUAUGAUGACACUUCAGGAUAUUUUGUUCUCGGAGGCAGUUUAUAUUCAUCAGGUAUUGAAGGAUACUUUGGACCAGUGAAAUAUUAUCGCCUUAAUAGUCUUGGGACAAGAAAGAUUUCUAACCCUUUCUGCAACAAAGAAUUCAUGGAAAGAGUUGAGCUGUACUACAAAAAAUGUGCAAAUAUCCAGAGCAUAGCAUCUGAGUAUGGAUCCAGGCUGAGACAAGAAGAGGGAAAGAGCCUUCGUGAAAACUAUUAUUUGGAAAUGAACAGCAAAUACGGAGGAAACCUCAAGUGCAAAGCUUCCUUCUGGGGAAAAGAGCUGAGGGAGGAAUAUAACGACUUGUUCAAAUUUCUGCAGGAGACUGAUUUACACUUGCAAGGAGCUGUAGUUCCUGAAAGCCAAAAGGAUACAGUGUUAGAAAUUGGACACAGGAUAUUCAAGAAAGCUGCUCAGAAUCUGUCCAGGGCUGGUGGCUUACAUUAUAUCAAUUCCUCUGUCCUGUCUCUGAUGGACUCAAGCUGUUGUGGUCAUCACAGGGCUUCCUAUGUGCUUGCUGUUAUCUUUGAAAUCGGACUGGGUUUGCCCAUCGACCCAGACCAGGGGCUCCUGUACAGUUUGAUCGCUGCUCAAGGAGGUGAUAGGCUGGCUUUGAUCAGUCUUGGAUAUAAGCACUACCAAGGGAUUAAUGGUUACCCACGUGAUCUGGAGUUAUCAUACGCUUACUACAGUGACGUUGCUGUAAAGACGCCUCGUGAUCAUCAGCGUGCUGAAGGAGACCAAGCAUUCGUAGAAGUAAUAAGGUUUGAAGAUGACAGCCUACUGAAAGCUCAAACCAAAGAAAACGGUGACCUCUUCAUGUGGCUGAAACAUGAAGCCAUAAGAGGAAAUGCAGCUGCCCAGCAACGGUUGGGACAAAUGCUUUUCUGGGGCCAGCAAGGAGUAGAAAAAAAUCCUGAAGCAGCUGUUGAGUGGUAUGCAAAGGGUGCCUUGGAAAUGGAAGACCCGGUAUCCUUGUAUGAUUACUCCAUUGUGUUGUUCAAGGGUCAAGGUGUACAAAAGAACCAAAGACUUGCUCUACAUCUGAUGAGAAAAGCUGCUUCAAAGGGCCUACCUCAGGCAAUGAAUGGGCUGGGCUGGUAUUAUCAUAACUUCAAGAAAAACUAUGCAAAAGCAGCCAAAUACUGGUUAAAAGCUGAGGCUAUGGGCAGUCCUGAUGCCUCGUUCAAUCUUGGUGCCCUCUAUUUAGAUGGGAUUUAUCCAGAAGUGACUGGUAGAAAUCAGACUGUUGCCGCUGAUUAUUUCCAUAAAGCAGCACAAGGUGGCCACAUGGAAGGGACGUUGCGAUGCUCUCUGUAUUAUAUCACAGGAAACUUACCACGCUUUCCCAGGGACCCUGAAAAAGCAGUACUCUGGGCAAAAUAUGUGGCAGAAAAGAAUGGCUAUUUGGGCCACGUCAUCCGAAAAGCACUCAAUGCUUAUCUGGAAUUGUCAUGGCAUGAAGCCUUGCUGUAUUACAUUCUGAGUGCAGAGACUGGGAUUGAAGUUUCACAGACGAACUUAGCACAUCUCUGUGAAGAGAGACCAAACGUGGCAAAAAGAUACAUGGCUGCUGACUGCGUUUGGAGAUACUAUAAUUUUUCAGUCUCCCAGAACUACGCUCCUUCAUUUGCUUAUUUGAAAGUAGGAGAUUUCUAUUACUAUGGACAUCACAACCAAUCCAAGGUCUUGGACAGAUCAGUACAGAUGUACGCCCAAGCAGCGUCAGAUGGUGAUCCACAGGGGUUCUUUAAUGUCGCCCUUCUUCUGGAAGACGGUUAUCCCAUUCCUAAUCAUAUUUUAGAUCAAUUAGAUAUUGACAGGACUACGGAUUCCAGUAACCUAUCCAUUCUUCAGAAGCUUUAUGAGAGGUGUUGGAAUCUCAGCGACCAAGAAUCAAUUAGCCCAUGUAUGUUAGCUUCACUCUAUCUUCAGCUGAGGAUUUUUUGGAAGAACAUUUUUCAUUCUGGACUGAUUUACUUCCUGGGCUCCAUGGUCAUCUCUGCAUUGGUGGUUAUAUUCGUCAUGUUGUGUUAUCCAGCUCUGUUAGCAGCUGUUCGGUCUCACCCACCAUUAUUGCCUGAAGAAGCUCAAGCGGAGUAUUCUUCAGCAGAAGAAAGUACUCAUGAGACCAGCUCAGCCGAGCAAGAAGCAUCCACUGUUGCAAAUAAUAAAGAAGGGACUGGCGUAGGUCCUCAGCACGUGCACUCCAGCAGCUGAAAAUAUAGAUUCCAAAGUAAGUGGAAUUUGGAUGCCAGCAGAAGAUAAAACUGUCACUUCUUUCCAAUCAAUGGCAAAAAGCCUCUUCAAUUUUCUAUGAAGGGGCAGGGGGGGGCAGGAUUCAGGUUUCACUGUAAAAAUGCGGAUGAAGUGCUCCGUGCCCCACAAUUAGGUGAUCUAGGUUGGAGCAGCAUUGAAGGCUUCAUUUGCAGUUUGUCUGCCAAGACAAAAGACUGAUUCUGGGAAGAAGGGCCUUUAAAUAUAGGGGAAUCUCAUUCAAAAAUCAAAGUAAUUUAUUUUCAAUUUCAGAAACUGCUUUAAGGAGAAAUCAAACAGUUUAAUCAGUGGGGAAAGGGAUUUCUGCUCCACUUAAAAGUAAUAAGAGCUUAAUUAAUUGACCUAGUUUAGAUGUACCCAAACAAUGAAUCGAGCAUAUGCCAACCUCAUUUUAGCCUUUGGUGGGAUACUGAGUCCCACUGUGGUUUCUAAAGCAAUAGUAGGACAUCUGUAGCACAUGUAAGAGUAGCACAUGUAAGCAAUCUACUGGGAGAUUGCUUUCCCUGCCUUUUUGAAGAUUAAGAAAGGUGGGUGUUUAAAGCAGUAUUGAGGAAGAGAUUAACACUAUUUAGGGAACUAAAGGAAACACUGAAAAAAUUAUCACAAUAUUCAUAUAAUGGCCGAGGAAGUACGUGUACCUGGGGAAGUAGGUGUAGCCUUGCUCAUUUUUACAGGGUUUUCUUUUAAGCGCUCCAUUGGUUUACUUGCAUUUUAAUAGUAAUAUAAAGCAAACACUUAAAAUUUGAGUCUACAGCUGCAUCGAUCUCCAGAAAUGAUGUCACAAAGCAACAUCUUAUAGGUAGGCACUGGUGUAAAAACCCUCCCACAAAGCCUUUGAAGCUGUAGUUGAAGAAUUAUAAAAUAUAAUAAAAAUACAUAGAGCACAAGAAUAGGUACAUAUGGAAGGAGCUGUACCCAAGGCUACAGCUAAUAAGAGAAGGGAAAAAAUACCAAACGGUUGAAUACCUAUCUGUCCCUUUAGUACCCGAGGCAUCCCCUGCUGGAAUGGGUGUCCAGGGCUUGGGAAGGCCCGCCCUUUAGGACCCUCCUUUCUCCAGUCCCUGCUGAAUUGCACACUUAUUGCUAGUUUAAAGCACUUUGAACAAGGUAAAAGGUAAAGGUAGUCCCCUGUGCAAGCACCAAGUCAUUACUGACCCAUGGGAGGACGUCGCAUCACGAUGUUUUCUUGGCAGACUUUUUGUUACGGGGUGGUUUGCCAUUGCCUUCCCCAGUCAUCUACACUUUACCUCCAGGAACCUGGGUACUCAUUUUACUGACCUUGGAAGGAUGGAAGGCUGCGUCAACCUUGAGCUGUCUGUCUGAACCUGGCUUCCUCCAGGAUCAAACUCAGGUUGUGAGCAGAGCUUGGGCUGCAGUACUGCCACUUACCCCUCUACGCCACGGGGCUCCUAUACUUUGAACAAAGUACCACAUAAAGGCUCUUGAAGAAGGAGAAACGGCUGCUGCUCCCAGGAGCUCACAUGUCCAUGUACAAGCUCUUGGGACUCAAUGCUGCUGCUUAUACCUUCUCCUGCACAAAAGGAGUUUUGGUCUUCAAAUGUACCUCUCUUGUUCUGAUUUAUAUACAAAAGUAAAUAAAUUUUUCUAUUGGUUUAAA